AUGAGGGCACACAAAUUUCAACUGUCCGAGUUUAUUUUUUCGAACGAACCGGAAGGCACGCCGGAACUACCGGCCGCCAAUCGAGCGCUAUUCCUGGAGAAAGUGCGCCAAUCGAACACUGCCUGCCAAAAUGGGGACUUCACCACGGCAGUGCAGCUUUAUACGGACGCGUUAUCGUUGGAUCCGAGCAAUCACAUCCUCUACAGUAACCGAUCGGCGGCUCGGCUCAAGCAAGGUCAGUUCGCGCUGGCUCUGCAGGAUGCCACCAGGGCACGGGAGUUGUGUCCGCAGUGGCCGAAAGCAUACUUUCGGCAAGGAGUAGCCCUUCAGUGUCUCGGCCGCUAUGGUGAAGCAUUGGCGGCCUUCAGUUCGGGUCUCGCUCAGGACCCGAACUCUAAACAGCUGCUGGCCGGGCUAGUGGAAGCAUCGAUCAAAAGCCCUCUGCGCCAUGCCCUCGAGCCAACGUUCCAACAGUUGAAAGCAAUGAAAUUAGAUCAAUCGCCGUUCGUAGUGAUAUCAGUGGUGGGACAGGAACUGCUCGGUGCCGGUCAGUAUCAUUCGGCAGUGACCGUUCUCGAGUCGGCCCUUCGGAUAGGAUCGUGUUCGUUGAAAUUACGGGGUUCCGUGUUUAGUGCACUCAGUUCUGCCCAUUGGGCGCUCAAUCAGUUGGAUAAAGCAAUCGCCUACAUGCAGCAGGAUUUAGCAGUGGCCAAAAGCCUUGGGGACACAGCGGGCGAGUGUCGUGCCCACGGAAAUCUUGGUUCCGCCUACUUCAGCCAGGGCUCGUACAAGGAAGCUCUAACGUCCCAUCGCUAUCAGCUUGUGCUGGCGAUGAAGUGUAAAGACACACAAGCAGCGGCCGCUGCUCUGACCUCUUUGGGGCACGUCUACACGGCCAUCGGAGAUUACCCGAACGCGCUUGCCUCCCACAAACAGUGUGUACAGUUAGUGAAACAAAUGGGCGAUCGGCUGCAGGAGGCUCGCGAAAUCGGUAAUGUCGGUGCAGUGUAUUUGGCGAUGGGCGAAUUCGAUUCCGCCGUCGAUUGUCACACGCAGCAUCUUCGGCUGGCGCGAAAACUCGGCAAUCAAGUGGAGGAAGCUCGCGCUUACAGCAACCUUGGCUCCAGCUAUCACUACAAACGAAACUUCACCCAGGCUAUCACCUACCACGAGAAUGUCCUUCGAAUAGCCCAACAGCUCGGCGAUCGCGCCAUCGAAGCGCGGGCCUAUGCCGGACUCGGUCACGCCGCUCGCUGCGGUCACGAUUUUCAUCAAGCCAAACGGUGGCAUGAAAAGCAGCUGGAAAUGGCGCUAGCCGCCCGUGAUAAAGUCGGUGAAGGCCGUGCCUGUUCGAAUCUGGGCAUCGUGUACCAACUGCUGGGUGAGCACGAUGCCGCCCUUAAACUUCAUCAAGCUCAUCUGACGAUAGCCCGUCAGCUGCAGGACAAAGCCGGCAUGGGCCGUGCCUACGGUAACAUCGGUAAUGCCUACUCGGCGGCCGGAUUUUACGAGCAAGCAAUCAAAUACCACAAACAGGAACUGAUCAUUAGCAAAGAAGUGCACGAUCGGAGUGCGGAAGCCUCAACGCACGGAAACCUAGCGGUGGCCUACCAGGCACUGGGCGCACACGAUAUGGCCCUCAUGCACUACCGAGCUCAUCUCAACAUCGCCCGUGAGCUAAAGGACACGGCAGGCGAAGCCUGUGCUCUCCUCAACUUGGGCAACUGCCUCAGCUCCCGCCAGGAAUUCGCCCAAGCCGUCCCUUACUACGAACAGUAUCUAAUGCUCUCCCAAGAGCUAGGCGACGUCGCUGCGGAAGGAAAAGCUUGCCACUUCCUGGGCUACGCCCACUACUGCAUCGGAAAUUACCGCGAAGCGGUCCGCUACUACGAUCAGGAUCUAGCCCUGGCAAAGGACCUCCAGAACAAGAUGAACAUGGGCCGAGCUUACUGCAAUCUAGGCUUGGCCCAUCUCGCUCUGGGCAACACGGCCGGCGCACUGGAGUGUCAAAAAUAUUUUCUAGCAAUCGCACACAUGACCAAUCAUCUGCCGGGAAAAUUCCGUGCCCUAGGCAACAUCGGUGACGUACUGAUCCGGAUGGGAGACGUGGACGAGGCAAUCAAAAUGUAUCAACGACAGCUUUCGCUGGCGAGACAGGCUCGCGAGCGAGGCAUGGAAGCGGCAGCAUGCGGGGCCCUUGGCCUAGCCCAUCGACUGUUGAAAAAAUUCGACAAAGCCCUAGGCUAUCACACGCAGGAGCUUACGCUGCGACAGGAAAUGGGCGACCUGCCUGGCGAGUGCCGUGCUCAUGGACAUCUUGGAGCGGUGCACAUGGCACUCGGAAACUACACCCACGCAGUCAAGUGCUAUCAGGAACAGUUGGAACGGGCGCAGGAAUUACAGGACUCUGCCGUGGAAGCGCAAGCUUUCGGUAAUUUGGGAAUUGCGCGGUUAAAUAUGGGCCAUUAUGAGGAUGCCAUUGGAUAUCUCGAGCAACAGUUGGGAACUCUGGAGCAGGUGAAUACGCCAACGGCGCAGCAUGACCGCGCGCGAGCGCUAGGGCAUUUAGGUGAUUGUUACGAUGCGUUGGGUGACUAUCAUGCGGAAGCGAUCAAGUGCCAUGAAAGACACUUGGCACUGUCGAUUGCGUUGCAAAGUCCUCGCGAUCAGGAACGUGCUUACCGUGGUUUAGGAAAUUGUUAUAAAUCAGUCGGAAAUCUACAGGAAGCUUUAGUGUGUUUGGAGAAGAGACUGGUUGUGUCCCACGAGUUGGGUAAUCCGGAAGCAAAGGCAGCCGCGUACGGUGAUUUGGGCAGUAUUCACAGUGCUCUCGGUAAUUACGAACAAGCGAUCAACUGUUUGGAGCAUCAGCGUGACAUCGCGCGGGAGCUUGGCGAUCGCGCGCUAACGUCCGACGCAAUCAGUGGCCUGGGGGCAGUGUUUUUGCAAAUGGCAGACUACGAGGAAUCGCUCCGAUUGCAUCAGCAAGAUUUGGAACUGUGUGAAAGUAUGAAUCAUGCCGUGCUGCAAGCUAGAGCUUGCGGAAACCUCGGUUCCGUUUACGAAUCGUUGAAAAACUUUAAGGAAUCAGUUCGGUUCUACGAGAAACAGCUAUCACUAACGACUGACCGUCUAACGAAGGCCCACGCCUGCCUUUCGCUGGGAAGAGUGUAUCACAUAAUGGAACAGAUACCGCAGGCGGUAAGUUUCCUGCGGCAAGGUCUUGCCAUCGUCCAAUCACUGAACAAACUAGAAGACGAAGCUAGAAUUCGGUACCGGCUGGGACUGUCCCUACUGGUAUCCGGUGACGAAGACAAUUCCCGACAGCAAAUGGAAAGUGCAGCACAAAUUUUGGAAUCGAUCCGAAGCGAUCAGGUAACGCCGGAGGCGCGUACAAAUCUGUACGAUCUACAAACAUCCUGCUACCAAAACUUGCAGAAAAUUUUGGUCAACCUAGGCCGAACCGAAGAAGCGUUGGUGGCUGCCGAACGGUGUCGAUCCCGGAUGGGUGCCGACUCCAACCAGAGUGCGGAAAAUUCUUUAAACAACCGAAAAACGCUUCUAACCUGCAGCGAGUACAUCUUCGACACGGUCAACAAAAGCAAAACGAACAUCAUCUACUACAGUUUGGCCGGUAGUGAACUGUACGCCUGGUUCCUGUCCCCUCAGAAGCGGAUCGUCCGUUUUCACAUUGCAAAAAUAGACGAACAGGCACUGCAGAUGAAGAAAAAACCGAACACAAACACGAACCCGACAACGGGCGGCGGUGGCGGGGGAGACGGUACCGAAACUCUACUGGGUCAGUACAUCGACUUUGUGAGGGACAAUUUGGGAGUGAAUUCCGGUAACGUGCUGCAGGAGGGUGACGGUAGCGGAUGGAAAUCCUCCAACGAAAACCUGAUCGAUGAUUUUGCCAACGAACGGGCAGGAUUUCUGAGGAUGGUCAAUCGGAAUCAUCUGCUCAAUUCAAGCAACUACUCGUUGAGCUCACUGUUUAGCUUGGGAAGUGUCGGCGGAUCGGUUGCCAGCUUGCAAGGAUCUACUAGAUCCAUUGGAAGCCUACAGGGAUCGACACGGUCCAGACGAUCCAACAUGCUACCCCCGUGGCAAGGACCUUCGUGCUUGCAUGUGUUGUACAAUCUGCUACUGGCGCCGUUCGAGGAUUUACUGCCGGACAUUAGCACAACAUGCCGGAUCGGUCGUCGUGAGCUCAUUCUGGUGCUGGAGAAGGAGCUGUACCUGGUGCCGUUCGCCAUCCUGCGAAGCGGUGACGAAAACGGCGAAUAUCUUUCCGAACGGUGCUCACUGCUGACGGUGCCUUCGCUGCACACCCUGAGACAGAAAAGCCGAAUCAAAACGCGUGAUCCAGCGGAAGAACUGAACAGUGCCUUGGUUAUCGGUGGUCCCAAGAUUCCCACGUCCCUAUCGGACACCUGGGGCUGGAGUGAAUCUCCAGCUUCGCUGCAGGAAGCGGCAAUGGUAUCGGAUAUGCUUAAUACUAAGCCGCUGGUUUCCUCCAGUGCCACCAAGGAGGCAGUCGUGGCGGAACUACCGUCGGCUGAGUGCGUCCAUUUUGCAGCAAACGUCAGCUGGAAGCUGGGAGCCGUCAUCCUCAGCCCUGGUGAGGUCUUGGAUUCGCAAACACCGAAGCGCUUCUAUCCGAACGCGUCCGGGGAAAUCGAAAACGAUGAGGAUAGUAAUGAUUUGUCCUCUUCGAAUAUGGAGAUUCCACCGCUUUCGGAUUUCAUUUUGAGUGCUGCCGAUUUGCUGGCGAUGAAAUUGAGUGCUAAACUGGUGGUGUUGAGUUCGUAUCAUUCGGUUGAACCGAUUACGGGAACUGGAGUGGCGAAUCUGGCUGGAAGUUGGUUGUUUGCCGGAACCGGAGCUGUGCUGGUUUCGCUGUGGCCUGUGCCAGAGACGGCGGCAAAAAUCCUGCUUAGAGCGUUCUAUUCUGCUUUACUGCAAGGAACCAGGGCGGCGAAAGCCCUGGCGGAAGCCAUGCAAACGGUUCAACAUACGAAACACUUUGCUCAUCCGGCUAAUUGGGCUGGAUUUAUACUGAUUGGAGGGAAUGUUCGUUUAUCGAACAAGGUGGCUCUGAUUGGUCAAGCUUUGUGCGAACUGAUGAGAACUCCGGACAAAUGUCGGGACGCACUGCGAGUGUGUCUGCACCUGGUGGAGAAGAGUUUGCAGCGAAUUCAUCGUGGACAGAAGAAUGCAAUGUAUACGACCCAGAAGAGCAUAGAAAACAAAGCCGGUCCGGUUAUCGGAUGGAAGGACUUGCUGAUGGCAGUCGGGUUCCGGUUCGAGCCGGCCGCCAAUGGAAUCCCUUCGAGUGUGUUCUUCCCGCAGACGGAUCCCGAGGAUCGGCUGUCACAGUGUUCGGCCAGUUUGCAGGCCCUUCUGGGCCUGUCACCCACCACGUUGCACGCCAUGUCUAAGCUGGUGAACAAUGCCGAGAUUGCGGAUGAAAUUAUCGGUGUGAUGCGUAAUGUGGUGACACAGUUUCCAUCCAAGGGAACGAAUGAGAGCGAGAGUAUUGACGUGCCGUUGAGUGUACGCCUAUGGCGUGUUUCCGGUUGUCAUGAGCUGUUGGCUUCGCUAGGGUUUGAUUUAAUGGAGGUUGGACAGGAUCAGGUGACGCUCCGUACGGGAAAACAGGCCAAUCGUCGGAAUUGUCAGUUUGUGCUGCAAUCGCUGCUAGCUCUGUUCGAUACUCAAGAAGCUCCGAAGAGCUUGGGAAUAGAGUCCAGCAGCAGUUCUGAAUCACUGAACGAAGAUACUUCGGACGAUGCUCAGACCAAGGCGCCUAGUCCGACGCCUACGGCGCCGGAGCAACAGCGAAGCGUUUCUCCAGCGGUUACCGUGAAGAGUCAGGCCAGCUACAACUUUCCUCGGCCCCCGUUGCCAUUUCGACGCGUUCCUUUUCUGAGUACGCGAAGUGCUUUUAUCUCCUACGUCCGUAGGCGAGGUGAACCCGAUGGAGGUCAAACGGAAAGUUCUACCCAAGUGCCACUUGGAACUCAGCAAGCCCAAGCACAAGCUCAAUCGAAUAAUGCUCAAUCAAGCCAGUUGGACUCCAGCUUGGCCAACACUACCGAUAGUGAACUGUCCGAUGGUUACACCACGCAGCAGAUCCUCAUGAAAAGUGACCACCUAGCGAAGGGACUUGGCUAUUCUAGCCUGCGAGGCACAAUCAAAGUCUCUCGCCCUGGAGGUGGUGGAGAAAGUGACGCCGCUUUCACGCCAAGUCCGCCGGUUACACUUCAGAACGUCGAUCCGAAUGUUUCUCUUGCUCUGGCACACCAAACCCGGAUUCGGAAUCUUUACACCAACAACGGUAUUGGAAACUAUGGGCAUGACCCAGCACGGGAAAUGCACCAUCAUCAGAAUCCCAACCUGAGACGGCCGGAUAGUUCCAGUUCAGCCAGCUCGGCAACCGACUGGGAAGGCUCAGGCCAUGCCACAGUUCUGCGGAGAGCCAAUCAAGGAGGUCACCACAACCUGCCACCUCUUCCACCUCCCCGACAAACGUUGCCUAUGGUUGACAGCCUGCGGCCGUUAGCUCCUCUAGCUCCAGUCUACAACAACAUCAACGGUGGAACCGUUGGAAAGACCCAACCCAACGGAAAAGCUCUGAACGUUCUGGAAUCCACCAGCUCGGACUCGGAGUUCGAACGUAGUUUCGACCUGCCAUCGACAUCGAAUGCCGGUACGAUCAGCAGCAAACUAACCAGCCUGGCCCACAGUCUGCAGAGUAUGCGAAGUCGCAAGCUUAAAAUCCAACCAACUCAACAACCACCACAACCGACGGCAACAAUGUCACGCAAAAUGGUCGUCGAUCAGUUCGCUUUCAUGGAUCGUCUCAGCUGUCGAACGGAAGUUUCUUCCUCCAGCAUAGGCAAUCACUCGGCUCCGCCGCGGAAACCCCUGUCCACGCUUCCGGACGAUGAACGAACUCUCAACCUCAACGCCAGCAAACUCUACUUCAAUCCAACCGAAGCGGAAAUCAUUCCCCUCACGGAAACUUCUGCCGAUCUUGGCCUGAGUAAAGCACCGACAACAACCAUAUCCUCGAGCUCGGCUUCGGCCAGCGCCAGCAGCAAGGAAAAAGCCAACAACAAAAACAUCCAAGAUUCGAUUCUACGCCACAUGAGUCGCGAAAUGACCCCAACCAUCUCCGAGGUCUAUCACGAGCGUAACAUCGGCCUCGGCCUGGCUCCGUCGCUAUCGAAACUACUCCUCAGCAAAAACUACGACGACUCUCCCGACAUCAAAGCAUCGACAGCAGCCUCUCUGCUGAACAAACCAAGUGCGCUCACCGUCGGCAACCUAGCCGAAGCCAUGAACGAAAUCGAAAUGAAUGCCACCACAUCGACCAAACUGGAGGAAGGUCAGUGUAACAUCUGCAACAGCCCUUCAGACCUCCUCUGCGGAUGCAGCACAACCUCAACCGUAGCGGCGGUAGCCGCUAUGACCGCAGCCCUCGGUGCCACCACAAUCACGAAAAAAUCCAACUCGAAACCUUGGCUCAGCAACGUGGCCCCUAACAUCGUUAAACCGGGCGAUCUAACCACAGCCGACAUUCUCGAGCAACAAAAACAACUCAAAUCCACCGUCAGUGGAUUGACCAGCAACAUGUCCUCCUCGACCGAAAACUCCCUCUCAACGGUGGUGAAACGAGGCGGUAGUCCCUUCUCGGAUCUGUCCCGCCGGGACGAAGGCGAUGGCCGCAGCGUAGCGGAUUCGCAAUGUUCGGGUAGUUUCCGGACCGACAUUACCGGUUCAACGGUCACCACCACAUCGAAAAGUCAACUGUCGCAGAUAACGGUUAGUGCGGCGCAAAGCGCCGGAAGUGUGAGCUCACAACAGCAGCAGCAGCAACAACAACAACAACAACAGCAACAACAACAACAGCAGCAGCAACAAUCACAAAUGCAAUCCACCGUCACCGGUGGCGGACAGCAGACGACAAACCCCAAUCAACGCAGCAAAUACAUAAUCGAUACGUAA